AUAUCUUGUGGAGCCCAUCCAGCACUUCAGUUUGUGUUGUUUAUGUGCUCAAAGAGCUGGAGAGUUGUGGGCAUGUCCUGGAUUCAUGGGAUAAUGGCAAAUCUCUGCCUUUUCUAUAUUUAGAACUAGGGUUUAUAAUACACUAUUAAUCUCUCUCCCUAAACUCUGUGUGUAAUCUCUCUCCCUCUCUCUCUGUAAACUCUGUGUGUGUUAUCUCUCUCUCUCCCUCCCCCCCUCUCUCUGUAAAUUCUGUGAUCUCUCUCUCUCUCUCUCCCUCUCUGUGCCUGUACUAAUAUAUGAGAGGAGAAAUACUUAAAGUGUGAGCACUGAUGAGGGUAAGUAGUGUUGGGACUUCAAGUUCUUCAAUUUUGGGGUUUCCCAACUGCUCUUCUUGCAGGAGGAAUAGGGGAAUUGCGAGAUUAUAUAAAGCGCAGAUGUCAUCGGAUGCUGUGAAGAGAGCUAAUUUAUCUUCAAGGAAAACAGAAAGUAUAAAACUUCCAAACUAUGAUGAUAUCAGUAGAACCAGGGAUAUGUUUCAUAUUAGGGAGUUCCUAAGGCAUCCAUCUGGCAUCGAGUCAAUCUUGAAUACAAGUGCCUUGCAAAGUUACUAUUCCCUCGAUUCUAACACGUAUAGGUGUACAUUACCACGUUUGCAGCUAUUGAACUUUGAAGUGGCACCUGAGCUAGAUCUUCAAGUUACCCCAACAAGCAAAGAUUGUCUGGUAAAAAUGCUGUCUUGCAAGUUUGAGGGUUCAGAAAUUGUGGAACGUCAAAAUGAACAUUUCUCAGCAUCAAUGACGAACACCAUAACUUGGGAUACUAGAGAUUCUGAUUCUUAUUUGAAUGUUGAUGUGAGGCUGAAUAUCAGUCUAGAGAUAUACACCAGACCAUUUAGUUUGCUCCCUGUAUCCGCUGUCGAGACUCCUGGGAAUUUAAUGAUGCAGGCUCUCGUUGACAGGCUUGUUCCACUUCUGCUGCAACAGCUGCUACGAGAUUAUGAUAAAUGGGUUAAACAGCAACGUCAAGACUUACCGGAAGAUCUUGUUCCAUCUUAACAUCAGUAUAUCUAUUGUACAUUGGACAAAAGCACCAGUAAAUGUUCAUAUACACAUGGAUUAUCUAUACACUCAAUCUAUGUUCUCUUUUUCUAUCUGAUACAGGGGAGAUGAUCGCGUUGGAUA